AUGGACAACGUCAAACGUGAAAAUGGCUCUGAGGAUAGCUUGCUGCCACUAUUCAUUCUCACCGAAAACGAGGACAAAAGCAGAACCAUCGAGGCAAAGUCCUCGCUUAUCUUCGACCCUAAACUCUUCAACGAAACGCAAAUCUACUCACUUAACACCCUCUCAAUCUCCCACGAAAAGAUCCAAAUCCAAGUCGCCUUCUGGCUACGCACCUCCAUCGACUUAUGCACAUUUACCUGA